UUCUUAUAUAUAUAUAUACCUUGCCUUUUACACCCGCUCUUUAACACGUAGCCAACAACACCAACUGCUUUCCUUCUCGUGUUAUCCAGGACCGUCGAUCGCGUGCACAAUUCGAUCCACGCCUGUAAAUAACACGUCAUGGCAGACGCCCCAAACAAGAUUUCGAUCACCAUCUGCGGGGAUGGUGGAUGUGGGAAAUCUUCCAUUACACUCCGACUAGUUCGAAGCCAAUGGAUUCACGAAUAUGAUCCUACAAUAGAGGAUUCAUACUCCGUGACACGCGACAUCGAUGGCACACCGUAUUUCUUAUCCAUUACCGAUACUGCAGGCCAGGAGGAAUAUCGGGGACUAUGGGCGGCAUCGAACCUGAAAUCCGAUGCCUUUCUGCUCGUCUACGACAUCACCAGCGCGUCCAGCCUUGGCGCGCUGGAUUAUUUUAUGGAUAUGAUUGAUAUGGAAACCGAACUGCGGGCCGAGGACAACCUGCGACUACUGAAGGAAUUGGGCGAUAGCGCGCGGGGACUGGAGGUUGGAAUGGCGCCUCCGAUUAAGAUCGUAGCCGGUAACAAGUGCGAUCUCAAGGAUAAUCGCGUCAUCGGUGCGCGGGAAGGGUUGGAGUAUGCGCGGAAACAUGGCUCCGGGUUCAUGGAGACAAGCGCGCGGGAGAUGGUUAACAUUGAGGAGACAUUUGCUCGUAUGCCUUUCCUCGUCCUUCCGUUGGGUCUAGCUGAGUCUAAUGAGAAUGGGAUUAGUACUGGUCCGCCGGGUGGUGGAAGCACGUCAACAGCAUCAUCAAGACAACCUCGAGCUCAUCCAACCGACUCGUCACGUGGGCUUUUCUCUCAAAAAGGCGCCAACAAACCCGAUAUCAAGGAAUAACAGCGCAGCGGACCUCUCGAAGCCUGCUCCAAAUCGCCAGAGCAUAUUCCGUGGGCUGAUGGCGGGGAACCGACGGACCAAUGAGGACGAGCUGUUGGAGAAAGAAAAGGAAUCCAAGAGCCCGUCAGAUGAUGCCCCAGAUAAGAAAACCCCCAGUCGAUGGAAGCGACUGUGCU